GUCUUCAAGUGCUGAGUCUCGUAAAAAGCACAAGUCGAAGAAGAGCAAGCGCAGCAGGAGCGAGUCACCUAAGCGCAAGAAGCGAGACAAGAAGAAGAAAAAGGAAAAGUCAAAGAGGCGCCAUCGCUCCUCGUCCACCUCCUCCUCAAGUUCAUCGUCCUCCUCCUCCUCGUCAUCGAGCUCUGACUCUGAUAGUGCCGUAAGGAGCAAGUCCAGCAAGCGCAGGCGUUCGCGCAGUCCCGCAGCUCAAAGGGACUCAUCAGAGUCUCGGCGCAAGAGAAGCAGAAGUCGUGAGAAGUCUCGCAAGAAACCACACCACCGCGCAGAGAGGUGAGGUUGCUGGUUCUGCAGCGAUACUACCUACGUUGAUGAAGGAUAUUUCAGUAUCUUUAUUUUUUUUAUUAUCUUUUAAAAAUUAAUGCACUGACCACAUUCUGUUCUAUAUAAAUGGCUGAUAUUUAAGAAGCAGCAUAAAAAAGG